GCACUCACUUAGCGAAGAAAGAGAUUUUAGCUUGACCUGAAACUGCGCAAAUCUCUUGAUUUUCUUGGGUGGAGUUGAACAACAGAUAAACGACGAUGAGGAAAAAUAGGCUAAAUAUUGAGAAAGAAAUACCCAAUACGGAUUCAGUCCAGCAGCAGAGAGCAGACUCCCCUGGACCCAGCAGUGUCUCCAUGAAGAGUGACCGCUCUAUGGAUGCACCUUACCGAUUGAAAGAUGGAAAUCCGUCUAUUGAGAAGAGGUGAGGACUUGGAGAGAGACCGAUCAGACAUGGAGGAGGUCUUCUUCAGCGCUGGAGGAUCGGGGGGGGCGGAGGCGGGAGAUGUUAUGGUGGUGAAAGGCACACAGAAUCUUGUCUGCUCAAUUCUUAUUUGGGCCACUUCCAUACGUGGUCCUGUAUCAGAUACAGGAGGGAUUUCUCUGAAUGCGACCUCAGGUUGAACAGUCGUAUCGUAAUGGCACUUUGACGUCACUCUAGAUCCACAGUCGUCGUAUCGGCCACGUUUAAAACACAACGUGAACAGCAAGACCAGAAACUCAGGAAGAGCAAUCCAUCUGAACUGAGCAUUAAGGCUCCCCUGAUAUGACCAGGGUUCUGUCUUUGUUCUCUACUGUGUUUGGUCUACAUGACUGCUGUCUGUGGUAAAGAUUGACAGUAAAACAGAGACUUCCAUUUGGUCAUUGUCUGUUCUUAAUAUCAGAGAAGGAAAAGUUAACAUGCUUAAAUAAGACUCUGACUUUGGCAAAGCAGUUUAGUAUGCAGGGUUGAUCAAACAGAUUUAUAAUUCUGUGAUUCUAGUUUAGGUCACUCAGAGUAAAAAAAUAUCAGUGACAAGUUAUAAUAUUGAAGAAUAAUUUAAGUAAGUAUAUAUUUUCUUUUUCCAUUUAUUAAGAUAAUUAAGGACUUAAAAGCUAGAAACAAGUGAAAUGCUUUCACCUAAAAACUGCCUUGUAAGGAGAAUUAGUGUGAAAACUGCAGUGUGAUUAAAAGCUGUGUGUGUGUGUGUGUGUGUGUGUGUGUGUGUGUGUGUGUGUGUGUGUGUGUGUGUGUGUGUGUGUGUGUGUGUGUGUGUGUGUGUGUGUGUGUGUGUGUGUGUGUGUGUGUGUGUGUGUGUGUGUGUGUGUGUGUGUGUGUGUGUGUGUUGAAGCCCAGAGCAGAGAGCAGACUCCCCUGGACCCAGCAGUGUCUCCAUGAAGAGUGACCGCUCUAUGGAUACACCUUACCGAUUUAAAGAUGGAAAUCCGUCUAUUGAGAAGAGAAGAGUCCAGCAGCAGAGAGCCGACUUUCCUGGACCCAGCUGUGUCUCCAUGAAGAGUGACCGCUCUAUGGAUGCACCUUACCGAUUUAAAGAUGGAAAUCCGUCUAUUGAGAAGAGACACCAGGAGAUGUCAAAGGUUACCAGUGCUCAGUCUGUACAGCAGCAUCAAACAGAGCUAAACAUCACAAAACCUUGCCUGAUGGAGAUGGACCAGGAGGAACAGCCCAACAUAUUGGAGGACGGAUCUGACGCUGUCAAGUGCCAAUAUAAACUAAAGUCUCAUUUGAGGAAGAAGUUCAUGUGUGUGUUUGAGGGAAUCGCUGAAACAGGACAGCCAACAGGUCUGAAUGACUUCUACACAGAGCACUUCAUCACAGAGAGAGGCAGUGGAGAGGUCAACAAGGAACAUGAGGUCAGACUGAUUGAAACAGCUUCAAGGAAGCCAGCCAAGGAAGAAAUACCAAUCAGAUGUGAAGACAUCUUUAAACCCUUACCUGGCCAAGAUCAACCAAUCAGAACAAUGAUGACAACUGGAGUGGCUGGCAUUGGUAAAACCGUCCUAACACACAAGUUCACUCUGGACUGGGCUGAAGGCAAAACCAAUCAUGAUAUACACUUCACAUUUCCCCUCACUUUCAGAGAGCUGAAUUUACUGAAAGGUGAAGAGUUUAGCUUGGUGGAACUUCUUUAUCGCUUCUUUAUUGAGACGAAAGAAGCAGGAAUCUGCGGAUUGCACCAGUUCCAAGUUCUCUUCAUCUUGAAUGGUCUGGAUGAGUGUCGACUUCCUCUGGACUUCCAGAAAAACCCGAUCUGGACUGAUGUCACAAAGUCCACCUCGGUGGACGUGCUGCUGACAAACCUCAUCAGGGGCAACCUGCUUCCCUCCGCUCGCAUCUGGAUAACCACACGCCCUGCGGCAGCCAAUCAGAUCCCUUCUGAGUGUGUUGACAGGGUGACAGAGGUGAGAGGGUUCACCGACCCACAGAAGGAGGAGUACUUCAGGAAGAGGUUCACAGAGGGGACACUGGCCAACACAAUCAUCUCCCACAUCAAGAAAUCACGAAGCCUCCACAUCAUGUGUCACAUCCCAGUCUUCUGUUGGAUCACUGCUACAGUUCUGGAGGACUGCUUCAAAACAUCCCAGAUAGGAAAAGAGAAGCCCAAGACCGUGACUCAGAUGUACAGCCACUUCCUGAGGGUUCAGUCCAUGCAGGGGGACAGGAAGUACCAUGGGAAAUCUGAAACAGAUCCACACUGGAGUUCAGAGAGCAGGGAGAUCAUUGUUUCGCUGGGUAAACUGGCUUUUAACCAUCUGGAGAAAGGCAACCUGAUCUUCUACGAGGCAGACCUGGAAGAGUGUGACAUCGAUAUCAGAGCAUCCUCAGUGCACUCAGGAGUGUUCACCCAGAUCUUUAAAGAGGAGUGUGGGCUGUACCAGGACAAAGUGUUCUGCUUUGUCCAUCUGAGCAUCCAGGAGUUUCUGGCUGCCCUUUAUGUCUUUCAGUACUUCAUCGACACUAAUGUCAAUCUGCUCUCAGUAGAACAAUCCAGGAAAGAGAAACACCUCUACCAGAGUGCCGUGGACAAGGCCUUACAGAGUGAGAAUGGACACCUGGACUUGUUCCUCCGCUUCUUACUGGGCCUCUCUCUGCAGACCAAUCAGAUUCUCCUACGAGGUCUGCUGAGAAAGACAGGAAUUAGAUCACUGUUCUCUCAGAUUAAACAACGUCUGCGGAAAUGGACAGGAAGUGGCUCACAGACCAGUAAGAAAACAGCGUCUUACAUCAAGAAGAAGAUGGAUGGAGGUCUCUCUUCAGAGAGAAGAAUCAAUCUGUUGCACUGUCUGAAUGAGCUGAACGACAGUUCUCUAGUGGAGCAGAUCCAACAGUCCCUGACAUCAGGGAGUCUCUUCAAAAAUCGGGUCUCUCCUGCUCAGUGGUCAACUCUGGUCUUCAUCUUACUGUCAUCAGAAGAGGACCUGGACGUUUUUGACCUGAAGAAAUACUCUGCUUCAGAGGAGGGUCUUCUGGGGCUGCUGCCAGUGGUCAAAGCCUCCAAAACAUCUCUGCUGAAUUGCUGUGAGCUGUCAGAGAGAUGCUGUGAAGCUCUGGCCUCAGUUCUCAGCUCCAACUCCUUUAGUCUGAGAGAGCUGGACCUGAGUGCCAAUGAUCUGCAGGAUUCAGGAGUGAAGCGGCUCUCUGCUGGACUGGAGAGUCCACACUGUAGACUGGAAACUCUCAGGCUGAAUGGCUGUCAUCUGUCAGAAACAUGCUGUGAAGCUCUGGCCUCAGUUCUCAGCUCCAGCUCCUCUAGUCUGAGAGAGCUGGACCUGAGUAGCAAUGAUCUGCAGGAUUCAGGAGUGAAGCUGCUCUCUGCUGGACUGGGGAGUCCACACUGUACACUGGAAACGCUCAGCUUGUCUGGCUGCCUGGUCACACAGGAAGGCUGUGCAUCUCUGGCCUCAGCUCUGAGCUCCAACCCCUCCCAUCUGAGAAAGCUGGACCUGAGCUACAAUCACCCAGGAGAAUCAGGAGCUGCACUGCUCUCUGCUGGACAGGAGGAUGCACACUGGAGACUGGACACUAUCAGUGUGGAGCACGGUGGAGUGUGGAGGCUGAAACGAGCUCCAAAGAAGUAUGCCUGUGAACUCACACUGGACCCAAACACAGCCCACAGAGAGCUCGCUCUGUCUGAGGACAACAGAAAGGUGACGCGGGUUGAAGAGGACCAAUCGUAUCCGGAUCACCCAGAGAGAUUUGACAUCUGGACCCAGGUGUUGGGUAGAGAGGGUCUGACUGACCGCUGUUACUGGGAGAUGGAGAGGAAAGGACAUGUUGUUAUAGGAGUGACAAUCAGAGGAAUCACAAGGAGAGGAGAGGGUGGUGACAGUGGGCUUGGAAUGAACAACACGUCAUGGAGUCUUGAGUGUUCUGAUGAUCGUUACUAUGCCCAUUACAACGGUAGAGAGACAGUCCUCCCCCUCCCCCCUGCUGGCUCCACCAGAGUAGGAGUGUAUCUGGACCGGCCUGCUGGCACUCUGUCCUUCUACAGAGUGUCCCCAGAUGGAGGAGGGUCCUCAGACACACUGACACUCAUCCACACCUUCCAGUCCCGCUUCACUCAGGAGGACCUCCUCCCGGGGUUCAGGAUAUUGGGGUAUGGCUCAGUGUCUUUGUGUCGGUUGUUAACACACACACAAACACACACACACACACACUCAGACAUAAGGGUGCGUGAGGGGGGGCUGGGGGAGGGGAGGGUGAGGUCAGAGGGUGAGGGAAGGGUGAGGUUCAGGUGGAGGGUGGGGGACGGGUGAAGUGGUUGAGGGUGGGGGGGGGGGGGUAAGGGUCCUUAACUAGGUUAAGGUUCUUUGGGGUUCUCUCCACCUGUAGGUUCCUCAGGCUCUCCACCUGUAGGUUCCUCAGUGUCCAAGUUAUAGGGCCCUGUCUUGCAUCCAGCGCAAUUGACUUUCUACACCGACGCAUGCAUCUUUGCUAGUUUGCACCCGGCGCAAAGCCAAUUUCUCCCUGCAGCAAACCUGCGCCAGUAAACUUGCGCCCUGAGAGGAGGGUUGGCGAAAAUCAGAGGCGUUUUCCGGCACACAUGAUGCAUGAUGCUAUCUUACAGAUCGAUAAAGCAGUUGCGCAAAUGACCUACAUAUACCUGAUCUAAGUGCACUAGCGGAUAGCGCUGCUAUUUUGACGUACCAUGUGGCAGGUCGGAACUACAACAUAAGCUUACACACCAGUAGGCUAUACACAUUACAUACAUGCAAACGAUUUGCCUAAUUGAAAUAUUAUGGUGAGGAUGUGGAUUCUGGCAACUUUUUUUUUUCCAUAGGGGCUGCAUGAAUGAACACUUUAGUAGGCUCAUAAACUCGAGCAAAGUAGGCUAUAUCCCAGCAUUCCAAAACAAAAUCUUGCUUUACGGCAAAUAAUAACGUUGGUUAAAUUAUUUGGGAAAGAACAGCUGAUACAGCGGUAAUAAGUUGUAUUUAAAUCAAUGCAUCUGCAAACACCGUACAGCAAACACAUAUUUUCUUGACACAGACAUCGUGUACAAACCCAUGAUUUUUAGGAUUGAUGAGUAUAUGAUUGUGAGAAAACAUUGUUUUACCGCGAGGUAGUGUUCAAAAGAAUGAAUGAAUGCAGGCACGAGUGUGUGCCUCCAUCUGUUUAAACAGACGCAAACUAAACACGCAACGCAUAAUACAGUCUGUAAGUGACGUUUCAUAAAUACGUUUUCUUUCAUUAUGAACACUUAAUAGGCCUGAUCAAUACUUGAAUUUCAUGUAAUAAAUAAAUGGAUAAUAAUUCAUGUUGGGUUAAAAGGUUAAAAUGUCAAUAUAAUGUAACUGUUACUGAACCCAUUUGUAAUGUGUAAUUAGAAUGUGUUAAUGUGCUGCAAGCGUACAGAACUAAUGUUUUCUUCCAGUUGGUUUAAUUGAUACAAAAGCAUGACCAAGCUGGCAUGAAGACGGCCAAGAUACUAGGACAGUAAAAUAACCUUUAACAAACCUCUAUUCACAACAAAAGGCCAGCGAGGUAUUUCAUUUCACCAUUUAAUGCACUUUAUUUCCUGUUUUAUGCAUGUCAUUUUCAGGUGUCAUAUUUCUGUGUUUUACUUUGUGCUUAUGUAAAUAAUGUAUCAUUUGCAAGUAAAGGAGUCGGGUACCAAUAAAGAACGCCCGUUUUGAA